AUGGCACUCCAAUUGGCUGAUAGAACAUUUAAGUUUCCCCAUGGGGUGGUGGAAGACUUGCUAAUGAAAGUAGGAGAGUUUAUUUUCCCUGCUGAUUUUGUUGUGCUGGACAUGGAAGAAGAAGCCAACACAUCAAUUAUCCUAGGAAGACCAUUUCUAGCUACUGCUGGAACCAUCAUUAAUGUGCAGAAAGGGGAAUUAGUCUUAAGAUUGCAUAAAGAGAAAAUGGUCUUCAACGUCUUCAAAGCAAUAAGUUACCCCAAGGAACCCAUAGGAGAAUGCAUGCUGGUAGACACCAUGGAACAGAUAGUUCAAGAAGUUAUAGGAGAAGACCAAUGCGAAGAAAAUAUUGAGUUGGAGCAAGCAUUAGAUGGAAAACUACCACAAGCAACCAUGAGGAACUCAAUCAUGCUAACUACCACAGACAACAAAGAUGCAGAGUCACCAAAACUAGAGCUAAAAGCCUUACCACCCAACUUGAAGUAUGAAUAUCUGGAUAAAGCUAACUUCAAGGCUAUUGGGGAGCUACCAACUAACAUCAAUAAGCACAUGAGGAGGAAGCUAAUCAAUGAUGCCAAACACUACAUCUGGGAUGACCCCUAUUUGUUCAAAAAGUGUAAUGAUGGUGUCCUAAGAAGGUGUAUAUCCCAUGAAGAAGGGCAGGAAGUAUUAUGGCAGUGCCAUGGAUCAGCAUAUGGAGGUCACUUCAGUGGAUAA